AUGAGGUUAAGAAAGAGGUUAUUAUCGCCAUCUCUUGAAAAUGGUUUACCUUUCAGAGGACGCAAAGGGAAUAAAACAUGGAAUAUUUUGGCUUCAUGUUCGUUUGAUAGACUUUUCACAUUUGUCAAUGUGGGGUUCGAAGGAAAAUACUAUUUGGUCGAUUCCGGAUGUCCUAACACUCUUGGAUACCUCAGUCCAAUAAAACAUGAUGAUAUUAGAUAUCAAAUGCCUCAGUUUCGUGUUAGUCCACCUCCUACAGGGAUGCUUGAACAUUUUAAUUAUAGACAGUCAUCCUUGCGUACGACAAUUGAGAGAUGCUUUGGAAUGCUAAAAAAUCAAUGGAAGAUAUUGAAAAAUAUGCCUAGUAUGAAGAUCAAAUAUCAAUUGGCUAUUAUGGUGUCAACAUUUACGCUUCAUAAUUUUAUUCGCCUACAUCAAUUAGGUAUCCAAAUAUCAAGUGGGGUUAACAUUGAACCAAGAAGUGAUACCAACAUGUUUCACACAGAGCGCAAGAAUGAAAUGGAUAGAAUCCAACUAAAUAUAGCCAACGAUAUUUGGGCAUCAAUUCAAAGAGAAGCAGAAACAUCGUAG